CCAUACACUAUUUUUGCACCAUCCGAUGAAUCUUUUCAGAAGAUCUUACCAAAUGAAAUGGCGCGAAUAAGGAGAGAUCCAAAAGCUCUUGCUGGCCAAACACAUGUGUUGUUGAAGAAAUUCCUGGAACAAAUAAGAAGUUUUGGACAGAAUGUAAAUAUUGGAUGCAUCGUGAAGUUUGUGGAACGAAAACAGUGAUACGUUACGAAUGUUGCGAAGGUUUUCAACAAGUCAGAGGAAAGCCUGGAUGCAGCGGAGUGAAACCUAUGCUCAACCUUCUGGAAACAAUGGUGGAAUUAGGAGCCACUAAAUUUGUGGAUUAUGCUAUCCAAGCAGGUUUAGCAGACCGUCUAAGAUUGCCCGGAGAGGCAAUGACUGUUUUUGUUCCAACGAACCAAGCCUUUAAGAGUUUAAAUUCUAUCCAGAGAGCUGCAUUAGAACGUAGUUUGAGAAAUCCUAAUUCUUCGUAUUUACUUUAUCAUAUGGUGGGAAAGAAAUUGCUUUCUCGAGAUUUUGAAGCGGAUCAAGAAAUUUCAAGUUUAAACAGAGGAGAUAUUUUAAGAGUAAAUAGGUAUUCCAAUGGCAUGAUGACGGUGAAUUGUAAGCCGGUCAUCCGGAAAGAUCAUCAUGCUACAAAUGGUAUUGUACAUGUCAUAGACGAAGUAUUAAUACCACCAGGAAAAUACGAAAGAUUAUCUAUACCAGAGUUAAUAAUAGAAGAUGGUAGGUUUAGAGAACUUUCUAGUGCUAUGGUUCAAUCGGAGCAUGUCAAUGAAUUACGACGAGGAGGGCCAUACACUAUUUUUGCACCAUCCGAUGAAUCUUUUCAGAAGAUCUUACCAAAUGAAAUGGCGCGAAUAAGGAGAGAUCCAAAAGCUCUUGCUGCUCUCUUACAAAAUCACGUGGUUCCUACUGUCAUCUGUUUGCCAGCUCUUACCGAUAAACAUAAAAUGAAAACCUUGGGUGGUCAAGACAUAACUUUUGAAUGCAAUAAAACAGGAACAUAUGUCAACGGUGCAAAACUUACUUCAGAAACUAUGUUAAGUUCUAAUGGUGUCAUCAAUAUAAUUUCUGACGUUUUAAUACCGGAUAGAGUUCGGAGUGUUUUAGAACUAAUAGAAAAGAAGGAAUAUAAUUUAACGGCAUUCUCUUCACUAGUUCGUUCUGCAAAUUUGCAUAAUUUGCUAGAUCAUCCAAAUGUUACAUUAACCGUUUUUGCACCGACUGACGAAGCAUUUGAACAGUUAUCUCAGCACGAAUUGGAAGAAUAUACUUCGACUACAGAGAAGUCUAGACAUCUUCUCAAUCAUCAUAUCAUACACGGGAGAUAUACGACAGAUAUCAUGUCAGACAAUCAAAUAGUUGAGACAUAUGAAAGCCGAUCUGAAUUGAGGCUUAAAGUUUACAGAAAAAAAAUUGAACAGAAUAAUUUACUGAAACUACUGAAAAUGCCCUCCGCGGACUCCGAUACACAACUGAAUUCUCGUCAGGUCAGACCUCGAAAACGAACUCUCUUACAAAAUCACGUGGUUCCUACUGUCAUCUGUUUGCCAGCUCUUACCGAUAAACAUAAAAUGAAAACCUUGGGUGGUCAAGACAUAACUUUUGAAUGCAAUAAAACAGGAACAUAUGUCAACGGUGCAAAACUUACUUCAGAAACUAUGUUAAGUUCUAAUGGUGUCAUCAAUAUAAUUUCUGACGUUUUAAUACCGGAUAGAGUUCGGAGUGUUUUAGAACUAAUAGAAAAGAAGGAAUAUAAUUUAACGGCAUUCUCUUCACUAGUUCGUUCUGCAAAUUUGCAUAAUUUGCUAGAUCAUCCAAAUGUUACAUUAACCGUUUUUGCACCGACUGACGAAGCAUUUGAACAGUUAUCUCAGCACGAAUUGGAAGAAUAUACUUCGACUACAGAGAAGUCUAGACAUCUUCUCAAUCAUCAUAUCAUACACGGGAGAUAUACGACAGAUAUCAUGUCAGACAAUCAAAUAGUUGAGACAUAUGAAAGCCGAUCUGAAUUGAGGCUUAAAGUUUACAGAAAAGCUGUAGGAGUUGAAACGGCUAUUGUAAAAAAAUCAAAUAUUGAAGGACAGAACGGCGUAUUGCAUAUCAUUGAUAGAGUGCUUACACCUCCAAAGUUAAAUAUCAUUGAAAUGUUAGAUAAUAAUAAAGAAUUCAGUAUGUUUUCUGAGGCUGUUCGAAGAGUCAGAGAAACCGAACCUUACUUUCUAGAGAGGAAUGGAAAUCCUUACUCAACAUUCACAAUAUUUGCUCCAACUGAUGAGGCUUUUAAAGAGUUGGGCAGCCGGAAAUUGGAAUCUAUAAUGGGAAGCAAUAAAAAAUUAAAAAAGGUGAUUAUGAAUCAUGUUGUGGAUAAUAUGAUGUCGUCAGGUUCUUUCAGCACGUCUAAAGUUUAUUACAAUGUUCGCACAGAAUAUCAGACUGUGAAUGUUCAUAAAAAGAAAGGGCAUUUGAUGGUAAACGGUGCACACGUUAUUAAAUCCGAUAUGUUGACAAAGGAUGGCAUUGUUCAUUGUAUAGAUCAAGUGCUUAUGCCGGAAGACAGGAGAAGAUCGUGAGCAAUUACUGCAUCCCUUCCGAUAAGGAGCAAAAUCACAUAUUUAUACUUUAUAUAUUUGUUACUUCUAAAGUUCGACGUUAUAUUUUGUUGUUUUAUUUUUAUUUUUUUCAAAGUGGUGAUUAUUGUGCAUUAUCAUUGUCAUUAUUAUUUUUCAUUUAAUGUUACUAAAUUUGCCAAAAUCGUAAAAUGGGUGCUAUUAUUUAAAUGCUAUAUAAGUAUAUAAUGCUUAUUACAGAUAUAUCGAUGCAUUAUUUAAUGUAUUAGCACAAAAAUUUUAAAUGUGCAUGAGCAAUUAUAAAUUUUAACUU